AUGUUGUCUUUCAUUCCUCGAUUUCUUCUUGAUGUCAUUAUCUGCCAUUUCCUUCUUCAAAGAUCACUUUUUCUACACCUCCUUUCUUCCUCCAAGAAUAAAACUUCAUUUACCCCUCCAUUCAUCCUCCAGAAAUGUCGUAUUUUUCUCCUCGACUUCUUCUUGACGUCAUUCCCUGUCCAUAUCCUUCUUCUAAAGUCACAAAUAACGUCUUUCUUUCCCCGUCUUCUUCUUGAUGCCAUUCCCUCUCCAUUUACUUCUAACAUCAUUAUAAUUGCCCCCUCCAACAUUCCUCCAGAUAUAUCGAAUUUGAUUACUCGUCUUCUUUUGAUGUCAUUCCCUGUCCAAUUCUUUCUUCUUACAUCACAUCAUCUACCCUUCCUUUUUCUAACAGAAAUGUCAUCUUUCUUUCCCCGUUUUCUUUUUGAUAUCAUUUCCUGUCCAUUUCCUCCUUCUAACAUCACUUCAUCUAAACCACCAUUUACACUCAGAAAUGUCGUCUUUUAUUCUUCGUCUUCUUCAUGUUAUUCCCUGUCCAUUUUCUACCAACAUCACUUAAUCUACCCCUCCGUUUCUCCAACAAAUGAAGUCUUUCUUUCCUCAUCUUCUUCCUGA